AGCACAAAAGAGGUGCAGUUACGAGAGCGGGUCACAGUCCACAGCAAAAGCAGGAGGCGGUCGUUGGAGUUUUGAGCGACGCACACGCAAACAAAGUGACAGGGUUGAAAAAUGAUGGCUGGGCGUUUGCCGCCGUGGAUCCUUGUCGUCUCGUGUCUGUUUGGGACGUGUGACGGAUGUCUGCCGGACGCUCGCUCCGCUUACGCUUCCUCCGGCGCCGUGUGCCGCCUCACCUACCCUGCGGCUGUCGUCCUGAACGAGAAAACCACCAAGGUGAUGGAGGCGGCGUUCCAGCACGCCCGAUAUCCCAGCGUGAAGGCAGAGAAGUCGGUGCUCUUCCUGGGCACGGUCUCAUACGGCCUUGACAAUUUGGAGAUCCACAACCUGACGAUCGGUCGGAGCUCCUUCAAGCUGGUAGCAGGUGAAGGGAUCUCCAUGGAGAUCAGCAACAUAUCCGCCAUCUUUGACGGGACCAUCCGUUAUGGAUAUGGCAGCUGGCUUGCCAGCGUGAAUCAGUCGGUUGACUUUGAGAUUGAGUCACAGAUUGACCUUGGAAUCCACCCCAAACUCUACUGCGGUCAGGGCAAAGUGGCGGCCGACACGUCGUCUUGCUACUUGAACUUUGACAAGCUCCGUUUGCACCUGCAGGGGGACAAACGACCAAACUGGCUGAAGAGGCUCUUCACAGACUUCAUCAUGUUUACUGUGAAACUAGUCAUCAAGGCACAGAUUUGUAAAGAGAUCAACAAAGUGGCAAACAUAUUAGCAGACUUCAUCCAAGAAAGAGCAGAGGAGUUCCUGAGUGACGGAGACAUCAGUGUGGACAUCGGCGUGACGACUGCUCCUGUCAUCACUGCCAACUACAUCGAAUCGUACCACAAGGGCUUUAUGAAGUACAAAAACACAACUACGCUCAUUCAUCAUUCAGUUUUCAACCCCAGUCAGCUGACUGACCACAGGAUGCUCUACUUUUGGAUCUCAGAACUGGUUUUCCCCCCCCAAGACCAGGUCUUGAGGCCGAUGGUGACCGCCGCCCACCAAGAUGGCCGCUUCCAGCUCAACAUCGCCGGAACAGACUUGACCGACCUUUUCAAGACACAUUUCUCCUCAAGCGUUCCUGACUUUGUGAGAAAGUGUCUGCUGGAAACAAGUUCUCCACAGCUCCAUGUGAGGACUUCAUCUCCUCCACAUAUAAGCACCUCCACCUUUGGCACCACCGUCAGGGCAGAGACCUCGGGCCGCCUGCGCUGCGGAGCUCAGGACACACUCGUCUUCCAAACGGUCAUCAGCACCAAUGUCACCGCUUCUUACGCCGACAAACACCUCUUCUUGCACAGCAAACCUUCACAGCUUCUUGUUCGACAUGCUGAGCUCUACCACCAUCCUUUGGUAGAUGAAGCACAACUGGAGUUCGUAGAAGAAGCUGUGAUGAGGAUAGGCAUUCCCAAGGUGCUGUCUGUGCUUGAAAGAGAAAUAACCAGGCUGUUGGACAAACAGGGGGUGUACUUAUUUGACAUCUACAACCCGGAGGUGCUUCCCCACGAUGGUUUUGUGCUGAUUCAGAUGGACUUUGGUUUCCCUCAUCACCUCCUGGUUGACUUCCUCAAGAGGACACUGCAGUCACCAGCAUACUUCCAUGACUAAUAAACACCUCUUUUCUGUUUCUGUUCAAAAAUUAAUGAAUACUGAUUGGUUAAAUAAUGAUUAGAUUUAAGUAGAUUUCAAAUUAAGUAGUUUUUAGAUUAACUGUUUGCACUGGUCUAUUGAUUGAAUUCUUGUUGAGUGCCUAAUAGUAAGCACAGACGAUAUAACUGUUUCAUCAAUUCAUCUAAUUCAGUGGUUCAUAACCUUGUCGGACGUACCGAACCCCCCAAGUUUCAUAUGCCCAUUCACCGAACCCUUCUUUAGUGAAAAA